AUGGAUCUGGAUCAUGCUUUGAGACUAGAACGACCCGCUGCCCUUACCGACAAAAGUUCGUCGGAUGAAAAAAGGGCAUAUGAAUUAUGGGAUCGAUCAAACAGAAUGUCUCUUAUGAUCAUUAAAAAUUCCAUUUCUGUUGCCAUCCGAGGAGCCAUCCCUGACUCCGAAGAUGCCAAAACAUACCUUAACUCUGUAGAGGAUCAAUUUAAAGGGACUUCAAAGGCCCAUGCUAGUACCUUGAUCCUAAAAAUGUUGACUACCAAGUACAAUGGGGUCGGUUGUGUGCGUGAGCACGUAAUGAUGAUGAGUGACAUGGCAAACAAACUCAAAAGUAUGGACAUGGAAAUUAGUGAAGGCUUUCUCGUCCACUUCAUAAUGACAUCUCUCCCUUCUCAGUUUGGUCCGUUUAAGAUCAAUUACAACACUCAAAGGGAGAAAUGGAAGAUGAKCGAACUAAUUGCCAUGUGUGUCCAAGAAGAAGAAYGAYUAAAAGUUGAAAAACYCGAUGUCGCUCAUCUUACUACCACCGACUCUAAGAAAAGGAAGGGGUUCCCGAAGGGCAAAGGAAAGAUGGGAGAUAAAUUCACUCCGAACAAGGUCCCUAACACCGGUGCAAGUACAAGUACAUUCCACGGAAUUCUCAAAUAUAAAAUAUAG